CAAAAAUUGGAUACAUAUGACAGGAAUAUCCAGGCGACACAGCGACAUAAAGGUGUUUUUUCGGCACGACCAGAAGAUGUUUUAGUAGGCGUUGCAUUCGUAUUAUUGUAGUUCACAGUUCUUACGCAUCUUAUUUUCUUUUUCGGUUAGUGUCACGAAGUUUGUUCAUAACAGUUCCUUAAAGUUCGUCCAGUGUUGUAGCUGUGGUACUAGAAUAUAAUCAACACUAGUAGAGCAUUGUUGAUGACUGAUGAUACGAUUCAAGUAGUUUUCGUGUGAUGAUGUUCACGCUACUGCGUCUAUUUCUGACGACUAUGACUGGCACUACUACAUAAGACCACGACAUCACUUACUAAGCAUUGAAUAAACUAUAUAAGUGAAUGUCAUAGUGGAUGUAUUAGUCACCAAAACAGAAUGCCGCCCUCGUCGUGCUUUUCACAUCGUCAUGUGGGCACCGGUGAUCAUCGGGAGUGCCUCGCGCUUCGGAGCCGCAAUCGCAGCGAUUAGGCGUUAGAGAUAAGUGGAGGUCAUUGAUUGCCUGCAGACGUAUAUCCAAUUUCACUUUAUUACGCAGUCUAUCUCGUUCGGUAACUUUAAGACCAAGACAAAACACGCAUGGAGAAGCAAGAGCCACCAAAUCGCGGAGUACAACUACAAGUCCACUGUUGUACAAAGGAGCAGCGUGUGACGUAAGAAGCUUAUGCAGACGCGGCUAAAGCUUUUCUAGAAACGGGACCGACCAAAAUUUUCGAACGUCGCAAGACCUGCUCGAACGAUUUCGGAAGAUCAUCUUCUACGCGACAACAACAGCGACUCUCAACUAGCGACAUCAGCGACACAACCAAAAGUCAUUACCACUACCUCUCGAUGGAAAAUUUUGCUCCUUAGAGGCAGCAAGAAUUAAAGCUAAACUCAGCAAAAGCAAAAACAAAGAUGCAGUACCUUGUUGAUGAUCAGAGUCAAUUCGACGCAGUAUGUCGAAAGAUUCUGGAGUUCAAGCCUGCUGUCUAUCUCGACACGGAAUUUGUGCGCAAAGGUAAAGAUUUCUGCGUUGAAAAUGUAUCAGUCUCCUAGUAGUUUUUGAUGAAGUGUUGUUGAUCAUGAUCAGUAUCUAUAAUUAUUUGUAACAACUAUUACUAAUUGUACAAAGAAUCGCACUGGUACAGCACAACCAGAUGACGGAUUACUGCCCAAAAAAGAACAUUUAGGUCGCACGUUCCACGCAGUUCUGUCGUGCAUCCAGAUGGCAGCGGAGUUGGACAACAUACGGAUUAUCGUGGAUGCGUUUCAAGUGAAAGAUUUGACUUUGUUCGGUCAAAUCUUAGCCGACCAUGAAAUCAUGAAGGUCUUGCAUGCACCUUCAGAGGAUUUUCGCAUAUUUCUCCAUCUUUUUAAAGCGCUACCGAAAAACGUCUUUGACACACAGUGCGCGGCAAGUGUAUCCGAUGCGAUGGGACACGGGAAUAAACAGCCAGGAAACUGCAUCGGCUACGGAAAGCUAUGUACUUGCAACCCCUACGCCUACAGAUAUGCUUCGACCUUACAAACUACUAGUCGUGUGAAAAAUGAAUCAAAUCACCGAACAAUAACAAAAUCGCAAGAUUACCGAUGGUCUAAUUAGAUACCGGAGUUGCUUGUUAGUGUUACAUGUGCUGCUCCUGGAUAAGGUGAAGAAUACUCUUCUUCAUCGACGGUUACCAACACGUUGAUCUACUACUUGUCCUCAAUGACCGCGUCCUCAAAAAACCACCAGGCAAAGCGUUGUUGAAUAUCGAAGUCGAUAAAAGCAUGCAAAACGCGGAUUGGGAAAUCAGGCCGCUAACUGCGCCGAUGCUCAAUUACGCCAUUCUUGACGUCGAAUAUUUGAUACCUCUGCGCUACAAAUUGCAUGAGCUAUUGGAGAGCAGUGGAAAAUGGUACUAGCUAUCUUAUUUUUGAUGAAGCAUCACUGUCAUCUUUCAAAUUGACAUCUACCGAGUACAUCAUCAUCUUCCAUCCUUGUUCCUUCUCGUAGGACUGCGUACCUUGUGGAGAUCGCAUCAACGAUCAUGAAGCCAGAGACAUACAGACCUCAACCGGAGAAGCUGAUUCGAAGAAUGUGCCAGGAGACGCUGAACUGGUACCAGCGGUCUGAGGACCAAUAUGGAGACAUUUUUUUUGAGGAAGCGGAGCUUGUACGAGCAACAUCGAUAUUGACAGCGCAGCAGAAAAAUCAGAAUGGUGUCCCAGGGAAGAAAGGCCCAGCUCCAAAGGGCGGCGGCCUACAACAUGGGACGAGCAACAGAGUAGAACAUAUGGCGGCAGGUGGCUACAAAGGCGUACCAUCAGACCUGGUGCCAUCACCAGGGGACUAUGGCUUAGGUGCGGCCGGCUCGGCAAAUAUGGGGUCGUACAUGGAGGGAAACAGCGUGGCAUCAAAUAGUUACAUCAUGAAUUCGGAUUGCGCGUCAACUAGCGUGAAUAGCGUAGGCGCCGGGAGUUGUUCAACGACCUCGAUUUCACCACCGGGCGACAAUUACGCGAUCAUACCACCUGGAGAUGGUGCUGCUACUGCAGGACCUUACCAAGCUAGUCAUCCUCGUCAACAUCCAGUAGUUGGUGCAAGCAACAGCGGUUGUUCUACCGGAGGCGGCGGAAGCUCCAAGAGCGUAUCGCCAGUGGAUUCCACUGGGUCGUUGGAGAAUUCCUCGUGUGCCGAUGCUGUGCGAAACUGUGUGCUGGCGAGCGUCAAUAAGAGCAAGAACUCUGUUUCCUUCGGAGGCAGUGGUGGCAGCAGAAGCCAAGCGGGGGUCAAGCCGGCUGCGAAGCCAAAUAGUCGGCAAGCACGCGAAGCCAGCUUCAUGCGUAGGUUUCACGCCCUGCUUUUUCUGCGUGAAGAGGAGGCAAUGGCAAGGGACAUACCACGGCAAAACUGUGCACCCGAUGAAGCCUUGAUGGAGGUACAUCAACUUCCUUUUCUUAUGUCACCUCGUAUAUUUUGUUCUUGUCCGAGACCGAAAAUAGUGACUAUCUGUAUCGCUAUCGUUGAUAGUAUUCAUAAUUUUUAUUGAAAUUUCAGGUGUGUUGUUGGUUACCUACAUCAAACGAAGAGCUACGAGAGUGUAGACGGGUGAACCGGACACCACUUGCUAGGGACCGCAGUCGCGAGCUGCUCUUAGGGCUUUGUCAGGCAUUUAAGGUAGUUGUGGAUAAUCAACAAAAAUUGGCAGCUGGUGCAUACAAAGGCUCUUCGCCUGGUACCAGUAAUAAUUUCGCCGGAGGACAGGCAUCGGUUGGAUACAACAACGGAGGUGGAGGUGCCACUGAUAAUUACAGUCAUGCAGCUCCCACCGGAACGGGGGGCCAUCACGUGAACAACAAGGCCACGAGUUACGGUAAAUUUUCCGGAUCCUGGGAAGAACAGCCGAAUUACGGCCAGCAGUACAACUGGUAAUACCUGCGAUUCGAGAGCCACACCGUUGCUGAGACCCAGUUUUAAAGUACCUUCUUCUAGAUUACAUCGUAAUUGUGUCGAUCAUAGGAGUGUGUCUAGGUCUACGUGUAGCUAAAGAAAAUCGAAGCUCUUAGUUUUUGGAGGCUUUGGCUUCUCUGACGAGUUAUGGCUAGGAUCACGUGAAUUAUUGAUUAUGGAGAUUACUAGUUAUCACAAGCAUUACUGUCAUUUUUCAUGUUUUACUGUCACGAUGAGCAUCUUAUGCUCGCUUUUGCGAGGUAUAUUUAUAUUAUCUUUUACCUGAUCAACAUUCUCACUAAGAGUAACAUACUUUCUCAGAUUCAGAAUGAUACUUUUUAGGCAUAAGUAGACAGAAAGAUAUCACCAUUGUAGCGACUGACUACAUGUUUGAUACUCAAAGGGUGUGCUAGCAUAAUUCUAGUACAGCUAGUUCACGAAAAGUAUCUUCUCUUCACCUUCAGGGAGAAGACCAUUAUCGGGACCGCUUCACCAACAGAAUGAUAACAUCUGUUUAGUUGCGGCAGUGCCUCGUCUCUCUACAAAGAGGCGGCCGCUAUAUAUUGUUCUGAUGCUGAAGCGCUCCCUCGCAACUUUUCACAUGAAGAUAUUGUAACGUUCAGUUUCAACCUCCGCGUCAGCGUCAUUGUCAUAGUAUUCCAUUGCUUUUUGUUUUCAAUAACAAACUCUUGGUUAAAAAGUCACCCACAAAUUACAAAGUGACAUCGUCCAAGAAACUGGACAUGAUGAAUGUCCUACGCAAAAGUGCUGCUAGACGAAAAUCGUCGGGUAAACUAGACGUUCCGAAGACUGUAAUAGAACACAUUACCGUACCAGCAGCAGUGGUUACAUUCUCGGCAUUGCUGUGAAUUUACACCAGGCGUGAGUUUCACUAUAUUUAUAAUGUCAAUAGAAUUCUUGUACUUAAAUAGUUGUCCUCGCUAUAUAAGUGAUUCCAUAGGCAUAGAUUCCAUUAUACUUUAAGUCUUGCUACUUAUCUCGCCGAACAAUUUGAAGAAUACCCUUACAGUAGCCUCGUGUGCCCAGGCUUCCAUGUCCACAUCCUACAUCGUAAUAUCCAUGAAGCAGUAGAUGACAGUUGUAUUUCCUGAUGGUUCUGGAUAUGUUCUUGUUCGGCAUCGCACAUCGCAUUCGAGAUCGCCUUGAUGCAUAUUAGCGCCUACUCUCUUCUCACAUCUUCGUCAUACACAUCGUGCUGCUGUUAAUCUUCUUCGUCGCCAAGUCGGUCUUCGUCAACGAGUCAUAUCGGCUUCCUCUGCUGGAGAAGUUCGCACAGGUCCAAGGUGAGGGCAAUCAGUGGGUCCAUCAUCUAGCCGCGCUUUCCGCUCGGACUGUGAUGUCGAACAGAUCCGUCCUUCACCCCUCGUGGCGUUGGUGCGCUUGGCAUCCCUGACGUGAUCGAGAUGCUUGAGCUUGAUGGUUGGCAAUUAUUGGCACGCCGUCAUGUCAUCCUGUUGGCAGUGCCCUGAUAAAGCGCAAAGACGUGACUCAGAUAUUGAAAUAAUAAAACUUUCAUCACAACACGGCAUAGAAAACGACGACCGAUCUAUUAUUGUUUUCAGAUAUAGGAAAAAGGAGCUGUAGAGCUCUCUAGCAAACGCUUUUUUACUAGCCAUUACACACAUAGACCGACCGAACGAGAACGUGAU